AUGUCAUUUCCACCGCAUAUGCCCAUCAUACCUCCUAUGCCAUUCUUCCCACCAGGUGCUCCAAUGAUGAUUCCACCUAAUAUGGCUACACCACCACCGGGAAUACCAACAGGAACCAAUGGUACUCAUAAACCAGCAGAAAAUGAAAAGAAAAAUCGUCCUCCAACACUUACAACAGUGUUUGUUGGUAGUAUUUCUGAACGAGCACCCGAUGCUAUGAUCAAACGAAUGCUUCAUAAUUGUGGUACUGUUGUCAAUUGGAAACGAGUACAAGGUGCCAAUGGUAAACUUCAAGCAUUUGGUUUUUGUGAAUAUGAAAAUCCUGAAGGUACACUUCGUUGUAUACGUUUACUUAAUGGUUGGCAAAUUCAAGAUAAAAAAUUAGUCGUUAAAGUCGAUGCUAAAACAAAAGCACUACUUGAUGAAUAUAAAAAAAAGAAACGACAUGAAUUAGCAAAAAAAGCAGCUAAAGAUACAACAGCUUUUAAAUUUAUUUAUGAAGAUGAUGAUGAAACAAAAACAUCGAACAGUAAAGAUAAGAAAUCCGGUGAAGAAGGUGAAAUUGAAGAAGAAGAUGAUGAUUAUAUUGAUAAUGAAACUCGUCGUGAAGAUUUAGCAAUAAAACAAUCACUUGAAACAAUUAUGCGUGAAUUUGCUCGAGAAAUGAAUCAACGUGCAUUAGAUGCAAAAGAAUUAUCAGUUCGUGAAGUACAAACAGGAAUAAAUCCAAUAUUAAAUAUGCCACCUUUACCUCAACCACCAAUUCCUUCAAAUACAACUGUUAAUCCUGUACAAGAUAUAUCAUCAUCAUCAUCAACAACAAAUUCAACUAGUCCAAUAACACGACCUAUUGAUCCAACUGCUGCUUCACUUAAUGAUGAAGAAGGAAAACGAAGUUUAAUAGCAAAUGAAAUUCAAAUAUUUCGUGAUCGUUUUAAAGAUGAAGAAACAAAAAUGCGUAAUACAGAAAAAGAACGCAAAGAUCGUUAUGAACGUGAACGUGCAUUACAACGUGAAAAAAUUGCAGCUGAAGAAGCAUCUGCUAAUAGAAAUAAUAAAUCUUCAUUAUCACCAUCUUCACGUAAUACAUCACCACCACCACCACCACCACCAUCAUCAUCAUCUCGUGAUCGUUCAUCACCAAAACAUGAUCGUAAUAGUUCAAAUCGACGUGAUCGUUUAUCACCUAAUGAUGAUCGUUAUCGUAAUUCAUCAUCAAGAAAUAAUACAAGUAAUUCUGUUCGUAGUCGUACAAGUGAUCGACGUAGUUCACCUGUACCACGUUAUGAUCGUCGUUCACCUGUUCCAUUAUCACGUUCAUAUAAUCGUCGUUCAAGAACAAAAUCACCAUUAUCAAAACCACAUUCAAAUGAUGAAGAUGAUGAUGAAGCUUAUGAAAGAAGACGACAAGAAAGAAGAUUACGUGAAAAAGAAUUUCGUUAUCGAGAACGAUUGAAAGCAUGGGAAAUACGUGAACGAAAAAAACAAAAUGAUUAUGAACUUGAAAAACGUCGUGAAUUAACUCGAUUACAUGAUGAAGAAAAAGAAGGCAAACGUUUAUUAGCAUUUCUUGAAGAUUAUAAUGAUGAAAAUGAUGAUCCGAAAUAUUACAAAGGUACAUCAUUAGCACGUCGUUUAAAAGAUCGUGAACAUGAAAUUGAAACUGAUAAUCGUGAUAGACGUCAUGAAAAAGAAGAAGUUGAAGAAUUACGUCAAAAAUUAUUACUUCAAGAUAAUAUUGAUGAUAUUGAAUUAGAAAUAAAACGACGUUUAGAAAAAGAAGAAGAAUUAAUACGUAAACGUUUAGCUGAUCUUACACGAACAACAAGUGAUGAAUCUACUGAUGAAUCAGAUAAUGAUGAUGAAUCAACAAAUAAUCGAAAAGAUAUUAUUAUUCCAUCAAUUGAACCAACUAAUACUAAUACUGAAAAUAUGGAUCAAUCACCACCAGCAAUACUUUUACCACAAAAUGAAAUCAAAAUUAGUCCUCGUCAAACAUCUGCACUUGGUGGUGCACCAAUAACUGGUACAAAAUUACCAUCAAAACGAAAAUUAGCUGUUAAUGAAGUUUUUCGUGAAGAUCAAGAUGAUGAUAGUACAAAUAAUUUUCAGAAAAAAUCAAAAUUAUCUGCAAUACUUGAUCAACAAACUACUCCAACUUCUCAUAAUUCAACAUAUAUUAAAGAUGAACCAAACAAUCGAAUGUCAUCAAGUAAACCAACACCUUUAACUCCAACAACAAAUGUUAAUCCUAUUCCAUCACAAGAAGAUAAACGUCAAGCUGUACGUAAAUUAAUUGAAAGUAUUCCAACAAAAAAAGAAGAUUUAUUUACUUUUCCACUUGAUUGGUCACUUCUUGAUUCCAAUCUAAUGGAAAAACGUAUUAAACCAUGGGUAACGAAAAAAAUUGUUGAAUAUAUUGGUGAAGAAGAAGUAACAUUAACAGAUUUUAUUUGUACAUCAAUAAUGUCAAAAAAAAGUGCUGAAACAAUCCUAUCUGAUAUACGUGUUGUACUUGAUGAUGAAGCUGAAGUAUUUGUUGUUAAAAUGUGGCGAUUACUUGUCUAUGAAAUUGAAGCUAAACGACAUGGUCUAAGCAAAUGA